AUGCAGGAGCUGAGUGGCCCAACACAAAUGACUCUGCUCAUUAUUAUCAUUCUUAGCUUGCUACUUGGUAGAAUCCUAUGCCUCGAGGAGGUGCCACUCACGCCUCUCAACAAUUAUAUUGCUUCCCAAGCUGACACUUGGGGACGGUCUCCAUCGUAUUGUCCCACCCCUGGUGACUUCGGCCGCGAACGUACGGCUUCUGAAUAUAGCUUUUCUUCCCAUGGUGAACGUUCUACGCCACUACCUCAAUCCCGGCCUGGUCGAUUACGCUUCCUGGACCAUGUCGAAUCAGACGACGGAGCAUCAGAUGAUGAAUAUCCGUCUUAUAUACCGUAUGUAAUAGAGUGGAGGGUGACUCUCAACAACCGGGUUUUGGCUAAGGAUACGGAGCAAGACCUGGAUUCAGCACCCAGUUCGUACUGGCAGCAGAUUAAACAGAAAGCUAAACGUGUGCUGCGCCAAAAAUUAAACCGUAACCGGCGUGUAAAGCCGGAUGACACCUCAAUCAUGGUUUCUGUAAAUGACCGCUCACAGCGCGAUCUUACGAAACGCUUUGAAAAAACUGAUAUUGACUGGACAGCUAUAAACAGGCAAAUCCGCAUGUGGCAAGAUCUCCUCUGUCUGCCCAAGAAGAAGCUUACGGUCUCUAUAUCUAUUAAUUAUCGAGAGGACGCCGACUCUUCUUCCAGGAAAACUGACAAAAGAGGAAAUUCCUCCGUAACCAACAGAAUGCUUCGCGAACGUGAUGAUCAGAUUGACGCGGAAAACUACUCUGGCCAACCCUCAGUCUGGCGAGAUGUGUAUCAGAAAAUGCGAUGUCCAGGCCCGCCCUGCCAGCACGAAGGUCAGUACUGUUGGCAGGAUCCAAUAGGGAAAAAGCAUUACAGACUCAGGACAUAUCAUCUGAAAUCCAUCAUCAAAUAUGUGGAGCAAGGCGGUAUCCUAGACACUCAUGAUGAUGUUCCUGACAACGUGCGCAAACAGCUGUAUGAUGAAGAACAUCAGCGGCUCUCGAAAGAAAAUAAACCCGCCAACAACCUCGCUACCGGAUCAACGCUCCCACCAAUAAACAUUAAUGUCCUUCCAACGCAGUCAUCCCAACCUGUGAUAUCUUCAUCCUGGGGAACUGAAGCGACUUCAAUAUCUGACCAGGCUGAUUACCCUGAUAUUCCCGGACCUCUUGAGGCGGUGGUGGAAGAAUAUGCCAAUUGGCAUCUAUCACGGGUGAACAGUGACAGCUAUAAGGAAAAUAUUAAAAAAGCGCGUGAUAUAGCGUUGGAGAACUGUCUUGACCUUGGACAAAUCCGCACGGAAAACCCAGAGUUCUUCGUUAAGCAGGGUGUAAAAAUUGGUGUUGCACGGCGAUUCGUCAGCCACACUAAACUCUGGCUCGAGGAGAGGGAGAAAGGUCCUGGUUAA